AUGACGGGCCUCAAAACGCUCCUGCUUCUCCUGGCUCUGGUGGUCACACCGCUCGUGUUGGGGCGCCGCGCCGCUGUCGCUGCGGGCGACAUGCUGCAGACCGAACGCCAUACCCAGCACUGCGUGUGCAUGGCCUGCCGCAGCAACCUGAAGAAGGAGAAGCGGCUGCGCAACCGCGUCAACGCCUUCCGGUACAAAAAGGGCGGCUUCGGCAAGAAGCGAUUCAGCAACAACCGGUUCGAGGACCGCGCGGUCGCGGCGGCCAAGGCCACCGAGGAUGCCGAGUUCCUGAGCUUGAUUUUCACCCAGUCCGCGCUGGCGGCGGAGGCGGAGCAGGCGGCGGCGGCGGAGGUUGCUGCCUGAGCGUGUGUGGGGAGAAUCGGGCAUCCCUCAACAGCAGCGCACCCGUGGGCCGUGCGGCGUGCGCCGUCUACGGUCUACUUUGCGCAGCGAUGGGGACACGCACACAUUCGGUGAGUUUUCUUUGUGUAGAGUCGUUUGCGCUGCACGCGUGUAAUAGAAGACUAAAUAUAUAGAAGA